AAUUCGGGCGAAAGCAUGCGUCGGAGGCGCACCACCCUCUAUGCAGUCCCGAUUAGUAUCGCCCCUCUUCUCUCCUCAAGUUCUCCCGUGUAAUGGAGAUCGUGUGGCAAACUCCGGCGAACCUCCCGGAGCCCCACGACUACAUCUUCCGCAACGGGAAGCGAUACGUUCGACCCUACUACUUCGAGUUCAUCUCCCACGUUAAGAAUCGGUGGGCGGGGAAGACCAUAGUGGAUCUGUUUGCGGAGGAGUUCAAGGGACGACCAUACGAUUACUAUGUUGGUGCUGUAAAAUCAGGAAGGAUACAAGUGGAUGGACAAAUGGUUCAGCCAACUUAUGUUGUCAAGUCUUCGCAAAAGAUUAGCCAUUUCUUGCACAGGCAUGAACCUCCGGUAAUGGUUGGAGAGGUGUUGAUCCUGGAAAAUGAAGAUGAUGUCUUAACCAUUUGCAAACCAGCAUCUGUUCCGGUGCAUCCAUGUGGUCAAUACCGUAAGAACACCGUUGUUGGCAUUCUGCAGGCUGAACAUGGGUUGGCACCUCUGUUUCCAGUGCAUCGACUAGACCGUCUAGUUUCUGGACUUCUCAUAUUUGCUAAAAAUGCUGAGAAAGCAGAGAGCUUCAGGCAACAAAUUGAGGCUGGAUUGCUGCAGAAGGAAUAUAUUGCUAUAGUAGUUGGGGUGUUUCCUGAGGGAGAGAAAAUUGUUGAUGCAAAUGUAAACUAUAAUGCACGAGAAGGAAGGAGCACUGUAGAGGUUAAUGACCAAAGCGGUGAAGUCUUGAAGGGAAAGAGUGCAUGCACAAAGUUUCAGAGGAUAACCGCAAAUGGGCAAUUUAGUGUUGUCUUAUGUAAACCCAUCACUGGCCGUACUCAUCAGAUACGAGUACAUCUGCAAUAUGCAGGCCAUCCAAUAGCAAAUGACAUGCUAUAUCUAUCCGAGGGCGUCUCUCCUCAUUCAACUAAACGAGCAAGAACAAGUGAUGAUAGAGUCGCCUCAAACUUGCCUCUGCCACCACAGUCAGAUUCGACCAGAACCGAUCAGUGCACUGGAGAUGACUUGGUUCCUGAUGAGGAAUUCAGCAUAGAUCCCGUGUGCACCAACUGCCCUAAUCUGGGUCCUAAAGGUUACGAUGGAGAUGAGCAGGGGCUAUGGCUGCAUUGUGUGCGAUACACCGGACCCGGCUGGAGCUAUGAGUGCCCAUAUCCUGAAUGGGCAUUUCUAACUUAAUAUUUAUCGGAAAUUUUUCUGGUGAAACCUUAACACUGCAAUAUCAAUUUCACGAAUCCUGAAUGGCCAUUUCUAACUUAAUAUUUAUCGGAAAUUUUUCUGGUAAACCCUUAACGCUACAGUAUCCAUUUCACGCGAUCAGUUGAUGAGGUGAUAUUUCAUACGAUUCAAUCAUUGGACACCUCAAUGCACCCUUUGCAUCUUCAACCAUUGGUUUUUUUGGGGGUGGGGCGCUUGAAAAUCCGAAAUCAUAGUAAGUGAAACUUGUAUAGUGGAGAUAGUAACAUUGUGCCAUGAAUUUAAGGAUUCUGGUGGGAUUUCUUUAUAUUUCAUAACUGAGUUGGCAUCAUUUUAAUACUGUUCUUAUUGUAGCACAAAUGGUUUCAUACAAUAUUAGAGAUUUGAAGGCGCUGAAAUACCACAAACUAUGCUAAGCUUUUACUUAAAUUGUAGUUGAAUUUGUAUUUACGUGUGUUA